GGAUCUUGCCUCCCCACCUUCCUCUCCCUCCUCCUCCUCUUCCUCUCCUUCUCACCCACCAUGGAUAUAUAUUGCCUCCAAGGCCCAGCCAGAGCAGCCGGUUCUCACUCGACAACACAGUUGCAUCGCAUACACAAACAUAUACAAAAACAUCCAUCUGUUCGAUACUCCUUAGAUACUAGACUAGAUACACAUAGAUCAAUCCAUCGGCCAUGGGUUCUUGGAAGCGCACCAUCACGUCGCCCUUCAGGAAGGCCUGCACCAUCCUCAGCCCGCAGCACGCCGGCGGGAGCGGCAGCGGUAGGAGCGACGACCACGGCAGCGGCAGCGAAGGCGGUAGGAAGACGCCCCGUGCGCGCCACCAGCUCAAGCGAUCCGGAGCCGCCGCAGCGGUGGCGCGUGCCAGCGACGUGGUGGAGAGCCCGUCCACGGCGCAGCUCUACGGCGACGUCAUGGCCUGCGCCUACGAGGACGUGCAGGUCAUGUGGUCCAUGCUCGACAACAAGCAGGCCAGGGUCCUCGACGCCGCCGCAUCGUGACCACGCCGCUCGUCGGCAGGGAUCCGUCCAGUACAUACUCUCUUGCUACGCAGAUGCAGAGCGAGUCGACCCUGGAGCCCUUUUUUCGGUUGAUUUGUCGGUCCGAUCGGAAUGAAUCCCCAGCGCUGGCAUCGCACCUUGCUUGAUCGAUAAGCAGAGGUGCUUGUUGCUAGAUUAGGUGCUUGGAGUGAUUUGAUCGAUUGCUGCAGCAGCAUUAGGAUGGAUCCUUGGUUAAGGCCAUGUUUAUCUUUUCUCUUCCUUUUUGGUGUCAGAGAUUGAGGCAUUGCAUCAUUCGAUCCAUGGAUUCAAUCAUAUGGUUUUGCAACA